AUGGAUACUGAAUAUUGGAGAAAAGAUGGUGAAUAUCCGUCAUCAUAUAUGCAUAUUAAACAAGAGCCGCAAGAUUACCCUCAAGAAACUUCAACGCGAGCUUCAGAAUUAGCUUCAAAUUUUUUGUCUAACCUUUCUUUGACUCCAAAGAUGGAAUCUAAUUAUAUCAAACAAGAAGCUGAAACAACUCCUGACAAGGCUUUUCGUUCACACGACGAACAUACUUCUCAUCGUGAUCGGUCGCGUGAUAGAAAUGAACGACAUCGAUCUGUAAAAGAAGAGGAUGACCGUGAUCGCCGCGAAAAAAAACGUGAUAGAGAAAGAUCUGAUAAAGAUAGGGAAAGAGAUAGAGAUCGUGAUAGGUCUGAUCGUGAUCGUGAUAAAGAUAGAGAUCGUGGAGAUCGUGAAAGGCGAAGAGAAAGAGAACGUAGUCGUGAUAGAAAUCGUCGUGAAAGAGAACGUGAUGAAAAAGAAGAUAGAGAGCGUAAAGCACGUCGUCCAAGAAAAAGGAGUCGAAGUCCUAGUAAUAGGCGACGUAGUCGUAGUCCUAGACAUCAUUCUCGCUCUCGUUCAAUAACCCCUAUCAAUAGGAGAAGAAGAAAGUUAAAUAAUUGGGAUUUACCACCUCCAGGUUAUGAGGGAAUGACUGCUGAACAAGUUAAAGCUACAGGUCAUUUUCCACUUCCUGGUCAGCCUGCGACCACUAGACCUACUACCCUUCCCACUUCUCCACUUAUAGCUGGUAUGGAUCCUUCCAGAGCUGCUGCUAUGAUGAUGGGAAUGACCCAUGAACUCCCUCCUCGACCGAAAGUAAGUCAGGGUGCUGCUGGUCCUGUUGCACAGACCGCAUCUCUUGCAAGGCAAGCGAGACGCCUUUAUGUUGGAAAUAUUCCUUAUGGCAUAGAUGAGAAUGGCCUAUCAGAAUUCUUUAAUUCAACAAUGGUACAACUAAAUAUCACUACUGCACCAGGUCAGCCAGUUAUAGCUGUUCAAAUUAAUCAUGAUAAAAAUUAUGCAUUUGUAGAAUUUCGUGCUCCCGAAGAAGCCACAGCAGCGAUGGCUUUUGAUGGAAUUACAUUUCAAGGUCAGUCUUUAAAGAUUCGACGUCCAAAAGAUUAUCAACCACCCCCUGGCCAAAAUCUCGAACCUCCACCAAUUCAUGUUCCUGGCGUCGUUUCAACUAAUGUACCUGAUAGUCCGAAUAAAAUUUUCAUUGGCGGUUUGCCUACAUAUUUGAAUGAUGAACAAGUUAUGGAACUUUUGAAAUCUUUUGGUGAACUCAGAGCUUUUAAUUUAGUUAAAGAUAGUUUAACAGGUGUAUCCAAGGGUUUUGCUUUUUGUGAAUACGUUGACCCGAGUGUAACUGAUUUAGCUUGUCAAGGUUUAAAUAAUAUGGAAUUGGGUGAUCGAAAACUUGUAGUUCAACGUGCUAGUGUUGGUUCUGCAAAGAAUACAGGUGUAGCAAGUGUCCUACCUUCUUCUGUACUUAUUCCUUCUGGUAAUGGUGAAAUGAUUCCCACUACUGUUCUUCAAUUACUUAAUAUGGUCACCCCUGAAGAAUUAGUAGAUGAUGAAGAAUAUGAGGAUAUCGUUGAUGAUGUUCGUGAAGAAUGUUCCAAGUUCGGUCGUGUGCUGGAUAUGAAAAUUCCCCGACCUGGUAGUGGGUCAAUAUCAGGGGUUGGCAAGAUUUUCGUACGUUUUGAGUCUAUAGAAGCUGCUGGUGCUGCACUUCGAGCGCUUGCCGGUCGAAAAUUCGCCGAACGCACUGUUUUGACAUCAUAUAUAGAUGAGGAAAUGUAUUAUGCAGAAGACUUUUAA